AUGAAAAGUGCUCUGACUGAUGAAGAAAUUGAGAGCGAGAGGGCGAAGAGCAGGCGCCCAUUUACAGAAGAGCGCCGCAACUCUUUAUUGCACUUAACAUGGAGAAUUACAAACAGCUCCCGCUGGGUGACGCAGGUGUUGGCCUCAGAGUUAAGCCUGGUGGCCUUUCUUCUACUGCUGAUAAUGGUCUUCUCCAAGAAAUGGCUGUACCCCUCUAGGAGCCGCUUUCACCAGCGCUGCCCCAAAAACGUCAGCAACAAAAUCUAUACCUCCAUCCAUACCAUGUCCAUGGGGCUCCUGAACAUCUGCAGGUCUGAAAGCUGUUUGAACGCAGAGAGCGGGAAAGAUGGUUUUAAGGUGUGGCCAAGUCAUCCAGCUUUUGGGGUGGCUAAGAUAAGUUUCAUCCUGGCCCUCUUGCUGGGCUUUUUCCUCACCGCCUGGCUGCACCUGCCCUACCUGCCCCGCCUGCAGAGACUGCCUGCCUUUGGCCUGAUUGGGACCAUCCUGAGCUUCUGUGAAGUCACCUUCAUUUUCUUCACCCUCAUGUUGUUCCCUAUUAACCUGUGGAUGUUCGAGUUGAAGAGUAAUGUGUCCAUCCCCAUCGGCUGGGGCUAUUUCAUUGGCUGGCUGGCGUUUAUUCUAUAUGUCACCUGUGCGGCACUUUGCUACUUCAACAAUAAACAUUUCUGGAAUCUGAUUAUGAAGAGCUCCCCUAACUCGGCCGUGUUCUGCUCCAGCAGUAAACCAAGUACCUCAUUCUCCUCCAGCAGCCAGGAGGAAAUCCUGGACCCUGGGCGAAAGGAUAAGCAAUAAGCG